AUGGCGCCAUCUGCAGUGAAACAGCCAUCCACUGUCUCCACCUUCGAGGCCAAGGGGGCUCCUAUCAUUGACCGUACCAAGACAACAGCGGUCAACAUGGAAGGUCUCAAGUACCCCGAGUAUUAUCCGCAUAACGAACCUGGGGACAAGUUCCCUGACGCUGAACCAUUCGAGUACCAUGACCGGGCGCUCGAUGCUGACCCCACCAUGCCGGUAUUUUACAAUGACCAUGUACAGAUUGAAGAGGUGGGUUAUGGCCAAUGGUCCAUUGAAUCUUCCACUGUCUCAUUCUUCCUUGUUAAUCUUACUCCAUUCAUCGGCGUCAAAGUGACUGGUCUAGACCUUGCCACCCUUGAUGAAGCGGGUCAAGACCAACUGGCGCUCUUAGCCGCCAAGAAAGGCAUCGUCUUUUUUGCAAGCGACGACAAGGUCAAGCAAACUUUCCGCGACAUCUCUCAAAAAAGAAAACUAGAGAUGGUGAGGUACUACGGCCAGCUGCAUAAGAAUUCUGUUCAGCCAAGGACUCACGACUCGACUGAAAUCUCUGUCGUCUAUCAGGACAACAUCAACACCGUCAGGGUGCGUUCUUCCCCAAACAAGCCCAAUAAGCAGUUCUCCAAUUGCCCUCUUGUCAAUUACGUAGCUAAAAUCUUACAGAAGCACUGGUGGCCUAACCGUCUUUCACGAGCGGUCUGGCAUAUUGAUCAGUCUCAAGAGCACCAGCCUCCUGGUAUGACUUUCUUCUGCUGUAUGCAGGCCGAUGCUCCUACCGGCGGUGAUACUUUGGUGGGUAGUCUUGUCGAGGCUUACGAGCGCCUAAGCCCUCCCAUGAAACAGUUUCUAUGCGGACUACGAGCCGUGCAUUCCUCAAAGGUCAUGUCUGCCAAGGCCGCACGCGUAGGCGGAGCACUGAGAAAGAAUGACAUUGAAUCCAGCCACCCCGUAGUCUACGAGCAGCCUGCAACUGGACUAAAGUCCAUUUAUAUCAAUCCUGAACGUAUCUCCCACUUUGAGGGUCUUCGCCACGAAGAAAGUGAGUGGCUACUCAGGUUCCUGAGUGACUACCUUACCAAGAGCGCCGACUUCCACGCCCGCUAUAAAUGGAGCGAAGGCGACGUUUGCGUCUGGGAUCAGCGCGUUUGUUUGCACUCUGCUGUCCUAGAUAAUAUGGAUUAUCGUCGUCAUUUUAUUCGCAUUACAGCUUUGGCUGGAAUCCCAAAGCAGGCUACCUACACUCCUCCCACAUAUGAGGACAAGUAUGCUUAUUAG